AUGGCAGGUGCUGGAGUACUUGUUCUACCAAAAGCAUUAUCAGACACAGGUGAAACUAUUUACAAACAUUUUACUACAGUUACAAAAGCUUGUGGUUGGGGAGGAAUCGUAUUCAUGACUUUAUGUUGUGCGAUUUCAAUGUACUCCGGAGUUUGUUUAGCCCGCUGCCGCAUCAUUCUAGAAGAACGCUAUGAAGAAUUCCGAGAGAAAAUCAGAAAACCAUAUCCUGCUAUCGCGCAACAAGCAUAUGGGACAAAAAUGAAGUAUUUUGUAUCAAUUUGCGUCGAGAUUAAUUUUAUCGGAGUCUCAGUUGUGUAUCUUCUGCUUCCAGCAGAAUUGAUUGCUAAACUUUUGGAUGACAAAAUACCAUUUUGUGGUUUAAUACUAAUCUUAGCAGCUGUAUUAUGUCCCAUGAUGUGGUUUGGAACGCCAAAAGACUUUAAAUUUGUAGCAGUCAUAGCUUUUGUUACUACAAUUGGAGCAAUCAUAUUUUUGUUUGUUGCGAUGGGACAGCAUGCUGCCAAAGAAAGUUUGAAGCCAACUCACAAUCCUCCAACAUUUAUGUCCUUUUUCUUGUCUAUUGGAGUAAUAUUAUUUGCAUUUGGGGGAACAGCUACCUUUCCAACAUUUCAAAAUGAUAUGAUAAACAAGAAAGAGUUCCCUGCUGUUAUGGUUGUGAGCUUCGGCGCUGUAUAUUUAGUGUAUUCUCCUGUUGCACUGUUAGGCUACUAUCUCUAUGGUGACGAUGUAUCUAUUGAUAUAACCGAUACGAUCCCUCCAUCUAUAUUCAAAUCAUUGAUUUUGAUUUUAUUGACCAUUCGGACUAUCUUUGCUUUUGUAAUGAUAAUUAAUGCUUCGAGCCAAGAAUUUGAAUCAAUCUUCAAGGUGCCAGACAGAUUUGGUUGGAAGCGAAUUGCAGUCCGAGUGUCGUUACUUCUUUUUGUGCUAUUUAUAGCAGUAUCGAUUCCUCGUUUUGGUAAAGUACUGACUGUAGUAGGUGCAUCAGUCAUUACUUUAACUACAUCUGUAUUUCCUUUCAUGUUCUAUUACAAACUGUGCUCCCAAAGCAAUUCUUCUUGGCCAGAUAGAAAGCUUCCAGUGUACAAAAAAGUGAUUUUAUUUCUCAUCAUGGUUUUCGGUGUCAUUGGAGGAAGCAUUGCAACAUAUCUUGCAGCGGCUGAGAUAGUAAGAGACAGCGGUUUGAGUCCCCCCUGUUAUAUCAACACGUCGAUUUCGGCUAGAGCUAAAAUAUUCCAGAGUUUGAAUGUAUUACAAAACAUGGAGUAUUAUGUAUAACAAUUUGCUUCUAAUUAAAAAUGACAACCAAUUAAUUAUUUAUGUUUUCUGGUUUUGUUAUAAGUUUUAUCAAUACAUAGGAAAAUAUAAUCAAAUGUAAAGUGUGUGGAAUAAAAAAUGGAAAAUCAGAAUCUUUUUUGCUAAUUUUCAAAUACCAGGAUUUCUAUUAAUAGUUCCAGAGCUGGAUCUUAAAUGUGUGAAUUAAUCAGCGCAGAUGAUAAUUUAAGCUACUGAAUCA